AUGCACGUCCUGAGGCACUGGGCCAAAGCCCCAUUACUGCAUUUUAUUGACGAUUUUAAAAUUGAACAAGGGGCUGAUAAGAUUGACAAGGAAGACACAACUCAGGAGCUCACUGGGCAGCAGCCUCUGAACUCUUUGGGUGAUGCAAAGAGCAGUGGGCGGGUUCGGAGCGCUUCUCUGUCCCGGUUCCUUCAGGCCGGGCCGGGCAAGGGCGACCCCCGGAGCUCGGAGCGGCUCCAGCCCAGGGAGCGGCUGCCCGCGGUCUCCUCCUCGCCGCGGAUCCCUGGGGACGAGCCGGUGCCGCAGCAGCGAUGGCUCAUCCGGCUGCUCUCGGUAGCCCGGAGGUGGCUGCGGCUGUGGCAGCGCUCGGUGUCGCCGGGCUCCGAGGCGGCGGGGCAGGGAAUGCGGGGGACAAUGCUGAGCAGCCCGGGGCUGCUGCUUCUUUCUCCUGGGCAGGCGGACUCCGAGGCGCAGCUGUCCUGUCCCCGCAUGCGGCAGCUCCCAGGCGGUGUCAGCGCCUGUCCGGCACGGAGCUGGGCUGCAGCGGCUGCAGAGCCCGAGGGGCCGGGGCUGCGGGCACCGGAGAGCUCCCGCAGGCUGCGCUUGUGUCCGCAGGUGCUGCCGCAGCGUCCGGGCAGCGGGGACAGCGCGGGACUGAGCUGGCAGCGCCUUCCUGAGCCUCGGGCACAAGAAGCCACUUGUGAGCGUGCAGUGAGUGACGAUGUGGACAAUGGAAUCUGCACCUGUUAUGGAAGGCUGCGGGAGCCCCUGUGUCCCUGGUGCACAUCAGCAAGCGGCCAUGGACACAGAAGCAUCCUCAGAAGAUUGCCGGGCAAGGGGUUCAGCUGCCAUCCCGUGCACAUCUUGGUGCUGAUCCUGCUCCUGUCGCUGCUGCUGGCGUUGGCGGUGGCCUUGGCUGUGCAGUCAGCACCACAGGUUCCAGUUCCACCUGCGACUCCGCUCUUGGUUCUGGGCUGUCCCCAUGGCUGGGUUGGAUACAAUGGAGUCUGCUACUACUUCUCAAGGGAUCAGGGCACCUGGGAGCAGGGUCAGGAGCGGUGCUCCGAGCUCGGGGCCUCCCUGGCCAUUCUGAAGGAUGAGGAAAUGGAUUUGUUCUUCCGCCUCCGCGGGAACGUCGAUUACUGGCUCGGGCUGCGCAGACGGGGCGAGCACCUGCAGUGGGGGGACGGCAGCAGCUUCAGCUCCUCGGUUCCUGUCCUUGGCAAUGCCGAGUGUGUGUGCCUGGCUGACGAUAAAUUCUGGAGUGAGAGUUGCUCUAAUCUGCAUCGGUAUCUGUGCAGCAAGACCCGAGCUGCCCUGUAACAGGGGCUGGAGAAAGGAGCUUCUCCACGCUGGGCAGUCCCAGCUUCACCUGUGAGCCCGGCACAGGGCUGUCCUUUCUCAGCUGCACCCUGUGCCUUGCACUUGCUCUCAGGGUCACCUCAGUGCCUGUUCAUCCCCAGUGCCAGCGCUGGGCUGGCUGUUCAAAGGAAAAGUCUCUGCAAUCCAUCCUGCCAGCCAUGCUAGCUGGAGUGAGGGGAUUGCCCUCAUCGCCCAACAAGCUGGAAUGGGAAAUCCAAAUCACCCUGGGCUCUUGGAAAUCAUCACCAAUUGGUCUGAGGGUGAGACUUCUGGACUGUCCUUGGAAGAGGAAGAACAGGUGACCCGGUUUGAGGAAGAAUCCCACUUUUGCCCUCAGGCAACUGACUUGCAGAAUGGUUUCUCUGUCUCUCUGUCUGUCUUUGUUGCAAAGUAUUUGACUGCUCUGCUGUGGCAGGAUAGUCAGGCUGGAGCAGGACAAGGAUUUCUCUCCCUGAGGGAGGAGCAGUGACACGAUGUGACUGUAACCCCCAUCCAUCUGUAUUGGAGUG